AUGGCUCCAUCCCGACUUGCAACGGCAGGAGGACUUCUGCUCCUUCUCUCCUUCUCGUCGGCACAAAUCAGAGGAGACAACAGUGCACCGUGCACACCCCAUGACAACUUUGGAACGUACUGCCCUACAACAUGCGGAGUGGCUGAUUACAUGCUGAGGUACAGGCCAGAAGUGGACAGAGAUUUGGAGAAUAUGCAACAUAAACUCGACACAAGUACCAACUUGACCGAAGGGGCCGAACAAAAAAUCGUCUACAUGAAAGAUUCGACUCUUUCCGCCCAAAAGAACACCCUGCCAGACCCCUACUACAAAAGAUCCACAGGUAUGCUGGAGGAUAUUGUUCGAUUUGAAAAGACCAGCAUUGCACAGGAACAGCAAAUAUUUGAGCUCCAGAAUAUAAUUUCCUCCAACGAGAGGAGGAUGUCCGACCUGAAGCAGCUCUCCAUUCAGCUGCAGCAGAGAUGCACUGAGCCCUGCAAAGAAUCCGUUGAGAUCCAGAGUCUCACGGGAACAGACUGCCAGGAUAUUGCGAACAGAGGGGGCACCACCAGUGGCCUUUAUUAUGUGAAGCCGGCCAAAGCCACUGAGCAGUUCCUGGUCUAUUGUGAGAUUGACGAGUUUAGACGCGGCUUCACAGUAAUACAGAGGAGGCGCGACGGCAGCGAGGACUUCCACAAGGACUGGAUCCAGUACAAGAAUGGCUUCGGCCACCUCUCGCCGGACGACACCACGGAGUUCUGGCUCGGGAACGAGAAGAUCCACCUCCUGACGACCAGCACCACCAUGCCAACCGUGCUGAGGAUAGAGCUCGUCGACUGGCAGGGCAUCAAAAAGUACGCCGACUACACCAUGUUCCGAGUGGGAUCGGAGGGCGACAUGUACCGCUUGACGUACGGCUACUUCCUCGGCGGGGACGCCGGAGACGCCUUCGACGGGUUCGACUUCGGCGACGACCCCAGCGACAAGUUCUACACGUCUCACAACGGCAUGCAGUUCAGCACCGUGGACAAGGACAACGACAAGUACCAGGGCAGCUGCGCUCAGCAGGACGGCUCCGGCUGGUGGAUGAACAGAUGCCACGCGGCACAUUUGAACGGCAAAUACUACCAGGGUGGAACAUACACCGAAAAGGACGCAGGUGAAUUUGGCUUCGACAACGGCAUCAUUUGGGUGACUUGGCACAACCGCUGGUACUCCCUGAAGGAGACCACCAUGAAGCUCAUCCCACUCAGCCGCAUCACAGCGGGCGGUGGGCAGCAGACGGGCGUGAAACAGUUCGGCGGCCUUUGAGUCGCCUCAAAAACUAGACAAAACGAGCUUGUGAUCUGUUUUGAGCACAACGGCACCGAAAUCGCCAUUAAAGGGAGAGUUUGUCUCAAAAUGAAAUAAAAUCUCAACGUUCAUAUUUUUCCCCUUGCAUGUGGUGCUAUUUAUCAAUCCAGAUCUAGUUUUGGAGCUAACCGCCUGUCGAGAUGUCUCUCGUGCUCAAAGUGCAAAUAAAUACAUUUUGAAAAAAUUC